UUUUGACAAAAAGUCAAGUCGGUGCAUGUAUGUCAACAUUUGAGCCGAUUGAACUAUAUGCUAGUUAUUGUGCAUUGAGCGCAAUUUAACCUCGACGUGUCUGCGGGGGUCGGGCUCCGCGCGUCUCAGACGUGUAUUUUUCUCAUCUAUCAACCUUAUAUUCUGUGAUUGUUUCCUGCCAAUUUUGCAUUAUAACCACAAACAUUUAAGUCGUGACGGCAAAUGGUGUCUAUAUGUUGAAGGGGAUAGGAAGUGAGUGAGUAAGUGGGUCAGCAGCUGACCGAGGGGCGGAUACGUUCAUUGUGAGCCUUUAACGCGCGCUUUUUUUUUACGCACAAGCAAGCGCGCAGUACCUUUUAUGCGCUCUGAGCUACAUGCUAACUUAGCCGCGGGUCCACAGGACACGAAUUUCGCUCUGCAGGUAAUCGAUCGGAACUGUCGUCCUUCGCGUCUAUAAGGUGAACAACAUCGUCCUGCUACAUUUUGCCAAACAACUCUGCAAUGGGCAAAAAGUCUCGCGAAGACGACUCCUCCUCAUCGGAUGAAGAAGAGUAUGUUGUGGAGAAGGUGCUGGACAGGAGGGUCGUGAAAGGCAGAGUGGAGUUUUUCCUCAAGUGGAAGGGAUAUUCAGAGAAGCACAACACAUGGGAACCAGAGAAGAACUUGGACUGUCCAGAGCUUAUUUCUGAGUUUAUGAAGACCUACAAAAAAAGUGGGACCUCUACACCGACUAGUGGGGGCAGCAAGCCAAGCACAGCCCCGGCUGGACGUACAAAGGACUCCAGUGGCUCGAAGAAGAGGGGCUCAGAUGAUGACGAGGAAGGUGGAAGCAAACCUAAGAAGAAAAAGGAGGAGGAAAUUCUAGUGGCUCGUGGCUUUGAGAAAGGCCUUGAACCAGAAAAAAUUAUUGGUGCAACUGACUCGUGCGGUGAUUUGAUGUUCUUAAUGAAGUGGAAAGAUUCUGAUGAGGCCGACCUUGUGCUUGCCAAGGACGCCAAUCACAAGUGCCCGCAGAUCGUCAUAGCCUUCUAUGAGGAACGCCUCACCUGGCACGAAGACAGCGACAAGAAGGAGAAGGACGCUGUCAGCGCGUGAGUUGCUCACCUCCAAAAGGAAAGGGCAACUUCCCCGCUACAGGGACAACCUUGAGUCAGACAUUUUUUUUCCUCCCUCACCCAUCCCCUCCUCUGUACAUUGUCCAACAAAGACACCAAUACAGUGGACACAGAUCCUCAGCCAUGACCCACUGGUUCUCAAGGGCCCCCACUGCUGAGGAGGAUCCAUCACGUAUAGGAGAGGCUUUGGCAGAUAUGGGUGAUGAUAUCUUUUGGGAGUGUUUCUACUGUUCUGUCUUUGUAUUCUUGACCUUUUUUUUUCCAAAAUGUUUUAACUCACCCUGUUUUGUAAUCAUGCUUCUUAGAUAUUUUGCAUCCUCAAGCACAUUUGAGUCAACUGCAUUCUUUUGUGGGAAAUGUAAGAAAAAAACAACCAGCCAGCUGGUCAACAGUAAUCUUGUUAAACACACACACAUCAUUCUACUGCAUCAUUUGCGUUUUAAUUCCCCUGUUUUAAAAUCUUAUCACUUGAAACAAAACACACUCAAGAGGUCAUAGGCCAUUUAUAUUAUGUAUAUUAAAGUAGUGACAAUAUCCUUGUUUUUUUUUUUUUUACAUUUUAGACACUGUUGUGUUUUUUAAUUUCUCAAUGCUAUUACAGUACAGUCCAAUUACAAUAAAUUGAGUUUUUGCUCGUAUUGGUUCUCCCCCUCUAAUUAAACAGCAACCUUCUCUUGCUUUAGAUUAGAACCACAAACAUUGGUCACCAGUGCAGUGGUUGAAGUCUGCCAUCUUGUGGCCAAAAAUAUAUAGCUUGACUCAAGGCUUUUUGCUGAUGGCUGGCCUUGCAGUUGUAAUGGUUAUUUUUUAAAUUCUUAAUACUAAUGAUCAGUAAAGUUGUAUUGGGUGCUACAGUAUGUGCACAGGAAGUACUGAGAUAUCACAUUAAUCGUAGGGAUUCAACACCAUUUCUCUGUGCUUCCUGUUUCUAUCUUCAGCAAUUAAGAUGUAUUCUAGAUUGGUGAUAGCUUUGUAAAUUGGCGUCUUGUUUUUACGAAUGUUUUUAAUUUUUGCUUAGAUUACCAUUGAAGCUAUUUUAGCUUUUUUUAAUUUGGCAAUGUGACUUUUAAAGUGAGACUUUUUUUUUCUUUGAUGAUGUUACAAUUAUAUACAUGCUUUAAUAAAUUGUUUGGAUGUUCAAAUUC